AUGGACCCAUAUCCUCCACCCUCGUCCAUGACCCUUUCCCCUCAAUCGCCGCCCCAAGUCGGUCAACCGUCAACCGUUUUCCGGCCCCGCCGAUCCGACGACUGGCACGAGUACCGCGAAACUAUCGAGCAACUCUACCGUAACGACCAGUUGAAGCUGCGCGAUGUGAAACGCAUCAUGGAGCGGGAUUACAAGUUUUAUGCCUCGUAUCGCUCCCUGCCAGCACUACUCUCCCCUCGUGAUAGUCAAUCAGUUCGCCCUAACACUCCUCGACCCGCUGGCAGAGAAAAACAAUACAAAGACCGCCUGGCCGCGUGGCAUGUCCGCAAAAAUAUCAAGGCUAAAGAAGUCCACCUGAUGAUUCGCAAACAACAGAAGCGUGCCGCUCGUGGGAAAGAGACUGCCUUCCGAGUGAAUGGUCAGAAUGUCGACCCGAAGCGCAUUGCUCGCUUUGUCCGCCGUUAUGGUUCCUCGUGGGAUCACGACCGGGAUCGGGAUGCGGAGCAACAGAGCCCCGAGCCGAAAACCCCAUCUGAUAUGACAUGCUACACCCCUGAACCCGAGGAGAAUGCGGGGACGCCCGUGUCGCCGCCGGAUAUCCAGUCGCCAUCGCGGGAGCCGUCCAACUACCCACUGAACUACGGUAUGUAUCCCCUCCAGCACGGGAGAACGGAUAUUGACCGGGCAGACCCUAAUCACAUCGACACCCUCCCCGAUCUCGUCAUCGACGACGACCACCACUCUUAUCCUAUGCACAUGCACUCCAACCAGCCACGUCGAGGUUACCAUCCACCCGAGCCCGCCAUGCAGCCAAUGACUCAUCACCCAACAGCAGCGCACCCAGCAACCGCGCAUCCCGUGGCUCAUCCAGUCACACACCCUGGCAUCGCCGCAUCCCAGGUUUCAGAGCAACCUCCGCCCCUAGUGCCAGGAUCCGCUCCACACCCGGGAGGUAUCAACGCCCCGCCGGGGAUGUUCACGCACUCCGGAAGCUACGCCAGUCUGGAUGCGUUCCAGAACCGACUCGGUGAGCUGCAGCACACACUCAACGAGUCGAUGGCCAAGUGGGCGCGCGAGCAGGAUCCUAACCAGGAGAUCCCUCAUCAUGAGGGCCUCGGGCUGUGA